UCAUGCAAAUGAACAGAAGACUCUCUCCCCAAUUCUACGGUGACUGAAUGACUGGAUCAGAAGAUAACAGAGUGAAAGCAGACCCUAUCCUCUCACAGUCCCCACACAAAAACUGCCAUUGCAAAUCCCUUCCUCUCCUGCUGCUCUUCUCUCCCUCUCUCUUUCAUUGUCACCAACUAACACUCGCACUGAAAAAAAAGCCACUUGAAAAUGGCAAAAGCAAAGCUACUGUUUUCAGGGCUUUAUUAGUGUUUCAACCAUUGCAGCUUCUCUUAACAGUUGAGCAAGAGAAGAAGCCUUGCCCUUUCUUUGGAAGGGGAGAUAAAAGAUGGGUUUGCCAAAGCAUCAGCUGUUCCUGGAGAAGGUGAAGGAGGACCAGGAAGAAGAGGCUUGACAGACAAGGAGUCAUCCCCUCGGUUUCAUCCUGCAAAGAAAAAGGGAUAUUGCAAGAUAUCAUGUGCAAACUGAAUCAAGUAGGAAAGGCCGAAGAGUACCUACGUGCUGCAAGUUCAGUUUUUGGAUGAAGCACGGAAGACAGUAAGAGAUCAGGGUUCAAGUCUCCUGUCCUCGUGUUUUAAUAGAGAUUGGAUAAAGUCUGCUGUCCUCCUGUCCUUGGGAUUCAAGACUCCUGUCCUCGUGUUUUAAGAGGAAGGUGCUAUGGCGACCGUACUAAGUGGCACACAGCUCCUCACUGUCCGUAUGAAGCAUAAUAUUUGGCCGAAGCCAUCACCUUUACCUUGGCAGCCAGCUUCUCUCUUCUUCUUGAAGCCACCCCUCUGCACCCCAGUCCAGCACAUCCAACAAGAGGCUGAUGCAGGAAUUAUUUGUGAACCUUGCAAUGGCAAAGGAUGGUUAGUUUGCGAUUUCUGUAAGGGACAGAAGACCAACGUUAAAGCGGAAAACAGGCGGAUUUAUCGGCGAUGUCCAUCUUGCAGAGCUAUUGGAUUCGUCUUGUGUUCGAAGUGCAAGGUAUACAAAUGUGUCACAUUCCCAGAUUCUGAUGAUGGCGAGGAGUCGUCUUUGUGAGCUGCCGCCAUAUAAUUGUACCGAGUGAAUAAUCUUGAACUGCCGCCAUAUGAUUCUAUUGAUUAUAUUCAUUCUCUUCUU